CAAGGCCUCUGCAGCUCAGAGCUGGCCAGUUACUGAACCAUGUGAUAGUUCUGUGGGAAGCCUGGUCACAUGGUUGCAUCACAGAGCAACAUUGUGAUGACACAGUUACUUACAGGAAUAAGGCAGGUGUUUCCCAAAUCCCAUAGGUGUACUCCUUUUUAAAUACGAUUAUCAACCUCGCCCUUUUUAUUUUGAUUAUCAUCGUCUUGUCACCCUGAUCAAUGGACCAAACGAAAUAGUAAAUGUGGGUUAGGGGUUGUGGGGUUGUACCUGCUAGUCCCAUUCCUGCCCUCCAUUAGUUGAUUCUGCUCUUCUGUGCGGAGUCAAUGUGUCUACCACAUGCAUAUGCAAAGACCUCAUGAAGAAGAGAUGGACCCACUCAUGCAGAUCAGCAUCAGGACCAGCGGUCAAAAUGUUGUAUCUCUCACAUGCCUGCCCCUUGUCUUGGCCAACUUAACAGGGCUUAUAUUUCCUUUACAGCACCUUGAGGGGACUGUGGCCCUCCAGACACUGUUGGCCAAAAGCUCCCAUCACUCCAAUCAUUGUCUCUGCCGGCUGGAACUGAUGGAGUUCCAACAACAUUUGGGAGUGCUACUGGUUCCCUAGCCCUGUUUCAGAAGGCAAUACUGGGAUGGAACAUUUGUAAAAAACCUGCUCUGGAGAAUGUGAGCUGCUGGGAAAUGGAGGCUCUUUAUCUUCCCUUCCCAUUCACACCACACCUCCUUUGAGCGGCAGGCAGGCAGGUGAGGCCAUUGUUAAGGAAAAAGGCCAGCAGGGCUGUUUCUUGAUGCUCUGGUGGCCUCUCUGGUGUGGAGUUGCCUCCCAUCAGCUCCGACUGUUAGGCCAAAUUAAUAAUAAAGUAGGUGCUCUUGCUUUUUGUAGUUUUACGAAGUAGCAAUCUAGUAUUGAGGGGGAAAAAAGAAAAAAGCUUUUCCUGACAUGGAGAUGUCUCGUGGGGGAAAGUGUAACCUGCUAAAUUACCAUGCCAGCUCUACUUUUUUUAAUAGGACGAGGGGGAUGGAGCAGGUGAGGCAGGUUUAUGAAAGGUGAGUUCUCAAGAACAAAACGGAGGAAAGUGAUUGGCUGUUGGGAACAGAAGCAGGCUGGGAUUGAUUCCGUUCCAUCUAUAAAUACUUCGGACAGGAGUCACACAAGUCAGUCUCAUCAGAGGCUCCAUGCAGUGAGUAACAGAGUCCCAAAGAAGGGCAGCAACCCCACAAGAAGUGAUAAUGAUUGAGGUUAUGACGCCUGUAGGAACACAGGCCCCAGUUCCUGGGAGAAAGAGGCCAGGGCGAGGCAAGAGAGGAGAAACUCGUUUCCCCGAAAAGUCGUCAAUAAUUACGAGGUCAAUGCAAAGGAGGAGAAGCUUGAAUCCUGGUAAGACCAUCAAGCCCCUCCCUAAUAUCUCAGGGCUAGUUGUCCAAGCGAUUGCCGCAAGUGCGUCGAACGGCCUCACCCUCACAGAGCUGAAAGAAGUGCUCAGCGCCAAAGGCUACAAUGUGAGGAGGCAAAGCCCCAGAACUCAGAGGAAAAUGCACGCCUUGGUGUUGAAAGGCGCUGUGGUGCGCAUGACUCACAGCGAUGGCUCAAAGUUUUUCGUCAUCAGGAAGCACCAGAGCAAGGCCAGCAAAAUAUUUGAAAACCCCAAAAGGACUGCCAGGGCGAGGAAAGUCCGAGUUGGGCGAAGGCAUGGCGCAAGCACUGGCACAAAAACGAAAGGAGAAGCGGAGGGAGCCAAGAGCUCUGCCGAUAAGACGGGAGAGGCUCACCAGAAACUCCGAAUCUCCAACAGGAGGAGACGAUGCCCCAGGAAAAAUGGCUCUGCCCGGAGGUCGCAGAGGCUUGCCGAAAAAGCUGCUUCUGGCACGUCUGACAACUCGGAUAGCAAAGCCGAAGAUCAGCGCUGUUCCAGCAGAAGUGCUGCAUCUGCUUUGAAGACCACCAGGAACCUCAGGAGCAGGCCUGCCUCUGCGGAGAAAUCGAAAUGGGCUAGCAGCAAAAGCACUUUGGAAAGGUCAAGGUCUUCUAAGAGCAACAGCACAGCCUCUCCGAAAGGUGUGGGGAAGCCCUACAGCAAGGAAACACCCAGUGCAAAGAAAACAAGAUUCUGCAGGAGCAGAGAUGUUUCCUCUGCCAAAGAACAAAGCCCCAAGGGGAAAGCUGCGUUUCCCCCACGAAGGCCCAAGCGCAGAGCUAGACGAAGGAGAUAGCAGUACCAAAGCCCAAGGCAGGAAAGGCCUUAGAAAGGUUGCAUUUUGCUAAUAUAGAUGUGUGUCUUUUUUUCAGAACUAUGUAAAAUUCAAUAAAGAUAACUAAUAAGCCCAAACAAG